AUGAAUGCACAAGAAAAGAAAAUACAACAAACUGUUAUGGGGAUGAAUGCAGUCAAGUUUAUCGCAUCACCUCCAACUGCAAUGAUUCAACAACAAUCAUCUCCUCAGCAACAUCAACAACAACAACAGAACAAACAACAACAAAACAAACAAAAACAACAACAACAACAACAAAAUAGAAAGAAAAAAUCUGAACCUAAACCAAAAUACAAGCAAACUGUAUCAACACCAUUUCUAAUUACACAAUCUUUACCAAAUAUACCAUCACAACAAGAUACCUCUUCUUCAAAAGAUACUUCAUCAUCGGUAUCACCACCUUUGAAUGAUUUAUCAAUGUUUAUAGGCAAAUUGAAAGGUAUACUUGAAAAUGAUGUAAAAAGAAUGAAUCAACUCAAAGUAAUGAGAAAACAAACAUGGAAACCUAUAAGAACACUACGUGUUCAAUUGUAUAAAUUAAAGAAACAAAUCAAACAACAACAAACAAACAAAAAAGGAAAACAACAACAACAACAAAAGACAACUACGACAAAUGAAGAGGGAGAAAAAAAAAUAGAACAAAUAUUAAAAGAGAUUAAAAAAUUACAAGAUGAAAGAACUGAUAAUCAUAUUACAACGACACCACCUAUAUAUAAACAUUUGUUGAUUGGAGUCAAUGAAGUGACCAAAGCAUUGGAGAAAUGUGAUGCAAACAAUCAAUCGAUAGCACUCGUAUUUAUAGGUAAAGGUCAAAUCACCGAACAUUUGAUACUCAUGUCCUAUAUGCGUCAAAUAGCAUUGGCACAAUUCACAGCCGAUCAAUACAAGGAAAUUAAAUCAUCGAUCAAUUUAAAAUCAUCACAAGCAGUUGCUUUUCUUUCAUCAAUAUUUGAUGAUGAUGAAGAGACAUCAUCAUCAACAACAACAACGACACCAGAAUACAAACAACAAUUACAACAAUUAAGAGAAUUAGUAACAAGUGGAAAAGAAUUAUUUAAACAAAAAGUAAUUGAUUCUCUUCCAUUUGUACCAUCAAAAAUAACAGCUAAAUAUUUACCCUGUCAAAUUAUUGAUGCUGGAUAUACCAGACCAAACGCUGGUCAAAACCCAAAGAAAAAUAACUAUUGCAAGAAACCAAAGGAAAAACCAUCAACCAGUAAUCCAGCAACAGCACAAAAAUAUAAUAAAUAA